UUCCUAUUAAAAUUCUAUUAUAAUUAAUUUCUAUUGAAAACAGUUAAGAGAGCUGACACGUUUUUUUUUUGUUUUUUUUUUUACUGAAGUAUGAAGUGUUGGAAAAUUUCUAGACAAGCCACAUACAAAACCUUUUUUUGUUUUCUCCUGACACAGCUCCACAACUAUUUUAGUCUCAUUUAAUAUUUGGCACCUCCAUAUUGCUGUCUUGUGAAAUAAUGUGUUUCAUUAUUAUUCUUAUUUGCUUAUUUUUGAAAAAAAAAAAUCCUCUCCACAUGCCACGGGCCUCAGGCUUGACUGGCUUAUACACCAAAGAUUAAUCGUACAGGACAUGAAAGGACGUGGUGGCGUCACUUGCUACACAGAAUGUAAAUUUGUAGGAGACUUCAGAUGAUCACUAGGGAGCCAUGACUUUGGAUGUAUUUAAAAAAUGUCAUAAAUGAUAGCUAAAACUUUGCCAGAAAUACAUUGCCUUAGACAGCAAUGCUCGUUUAACAUGAACCUGACAUCCAUCCAUCCAUCCAUAUUGUAAACCCACUACUUCUUGAGAAGGGUCGCAGGGCUACUGGAGCCCAUCCCAGCAUGCUUAGUGUGCAAAGCCAUCCAUUUUAUAAACAGAAUCGCAGUGGGAGCUGGAGCCCAUCCCACCAUCCAGCCAUAUUCAUCACCUGCGUAUCUAGAUCCGCGUCAUGGGGCAUCUGAGACCCACCCCAGCAAGUAUCGGGCAUAAGCAAGGAACAAGACCUGGACAGGACGCCAGUCCAUCGCAGUGUCAAACAAACACACACACGAGGUAAUUCAGCAUCACUAAUCCACCUAACCUGCAUGUCUUUAGACUGUGUGGGCUACUGGUGCACCCCGAGGUAAAACGGGGAGAACAUGCAAACCCCUCUCUGUCUGUUGCUCAGAUUCGGACCUACUUGGUAGUAAAUUCUCCAUCACAGCGUGAAAACACACAAACACACACACACACACACACACCAUUGUAAUUUAACAACGCCAGUCCAUCAUACCUGCAUGUCUUUAAUUAUUAAUAACUCAGUAAGGUAACGAAUAAACAUGUCCAACAAAGUUUCUCAAAUAGUUCUAAACAAUACUAGUAUUGAUAUAACGAUAACAAUGGAUGCGUCAUUUCAUUUAAAUCCAGUAAGAAAUUUACAUUAAACUAAGCAUUUAAAACAUCUGAAGAGAAUGUUUAAAUUGCUAUAUAUAAUUUCGCGAGCUUUCCGCCACACACACCCAUCCGCUCCGCGCUCUCUCCAGUCUCUGCUCGCAUUUGCGCCGUCUUGCUAGUAAAUUCUCGAAGUCCCCUCUGAUUUGUCAGAGCCGGCAGAGGCUGUGGCGCGUCAGAGCCUUGGAAUGGGAAUCGCGAGCUGUGAUUGGUCGGAAGUUUCUGUAGGUUUCUGGAAAGCCGGCAGCACCAAAUAAAAGAAGGCGAGCGGCACUGAAGCGUCAAGUUGAACGACACAGAGCCGAGAGAGAAAGAGUAAAGUGGAGACCCGCGACGAGAGGUCGCCGGACUAAAGCUGCACCGAGAAAACGUCGCCUCACUGUAAGGUAAGUAGAUUGAAUAACUGCAUGAAGGAACCGUUAUUUGUGCAGUCGGAGCGAUGCAUCUGAACGUCUCUCUUUUGCUUCUCUUAAUGUCACAAUCUCUGGCCUCAAAACAAGAUAAGCCUUUAUCUAAAGGAGUGGCAAUUGGCAUUGACCUGGGCACCACCUACUCCUGUGUGGGAGUGUUCCAGCAUGGCAAAGUGGAGAUCAUCGCUAAUGACCAGGGAAACAGGACCACCCCCAGCUACGUGGCCUUCACUGACACCGAGAGGCUCAUUGGAGACGCCGCCAAGAACCAAGUGGCCAUGAACCCCAGCAACAACAUUUUUGAUGCUAAGCGGCUGAUUGGCAGAAAGUACGAUGACCACAUUGUCCAGUCUGACAUGAAGCUUUGGCCUUUCAAGGUGGUCAGUGAUGGAGGGAAACCUAAAGUCCAAGUGGAAUACAAAGGUGAGAACAAGAGUUUCUACCCAGAAGAGAUCUCCUCCAUGGUCUUGACUAAGAUGAAAGAGAUUGCCGAGGCCUAUCUUGGGCAGAAAGUCACAAACGCAGUCAUCACUGUACCUGCCUACUUUAACGACUCUCAGCGCCAGGCAACUAAAGACGCAGGCGUCAUUGCUGGACUGAAUGUGCUGAGGAUCAUCAAUGAGCCCACGGCCGCUGCCAUCGCAUACGGACUGGACAAAGGUAAAAAAGGAGAGCACAAUGUCCUCAUCUUUGACUUGGGAGGUGGCACCUUUGAUGUGUCUAUCCUCACCAUUGAAGAUGGCAUCUUUGAAGUGAAGGCCACAGCAGGAGACACCCACUUGGGUGGAGAAGAUUUUGACAACCGCAUGGUCAACCACUUCAUCGAAGAGUUCAAAAGGAAAUACAAAAAGGACAUCAGCCAGAACAAAAGGGCCGUCAGGAGGCUGAGGACAGCGUGCGAGAGAGCCAAGAGAACCCUGUCCUCCAGCACCCAGGCCAGCAUUGAGAUCGACUCGCUGUAUGAAGGUAUCGACUUCUACACGUCCAUGACCAGAGCACGCUUUGAGGAGAUGAACUCGGACUUGUUCAGAGGCACACUGGAGCCUGUGGAGAAGGCACUCCGAGAUGCCAAGAUGGACAAGUCUCAGAUUCAUGAAAUUGUUCUUGUUGGAGGUUCCACACGCAUUCCUAAAAUCCAGAAAUUCCUUCAGGACUUCUUUAAUGGCAAAGAGCUUAACAAGAGCAUCAAUCCUGAUGAAGCUGUGGCUUAUGGUGCUGCUGUCCAGGCAGCCAUUCUGAUGGGCGACACCUCUGAAAACGUGCAGGAUCUGCUGCUGCUUGACGUGGCUCCACUGUCCUUGGGCAUCGAGACAGCAGGUGGAGUCAUGACAGCUCUCAUCAAGCGCAACACAACCAUCCCCACCAAGCAAACCCAGACCUUCACAACCUAUGCAGACAACCAGCCUGGAGUCCUGAUUCAGGUUUAUGAAGGGGAGCGGGCCAUGACCAAGGAUAACAAUCUGCUGGGCAAGUUUGAACUGACUGGGAUACCUCCAACACCACGAGGUGUGCCACAGAUCGAAGUGACCUUUGAUAUCGAUGCCAAUGGUAUUCUGAAUGUGUCUGCCGUGGACAAGAGCACUGGCAAGGAGAACAAGAUCACGAUUACUAAUGACAAAGGGCGCCUGAGCAAAGAGGAGAUUGAGAAGAUGGUACAGGAUGCUGAAAAAUACAAAGGCGAGGAUGAGGCACAGAGGGCAAAGAUAGCCGCGAAAAACACUCUUGAGUCAUACGCCUUCAACAUAAAGAGCAGCGUGGAGGACGAGAACAUGAAAGGCAAAAUCAGUGAGGAGGACAAGAAGAAGAUUGUGGACCAAUGCAACCAGACCAUCUCAUGGCUGGAGAAUAACCAACUGGCUGAGAAGGAGGAAUACGAGCAUCAGCAGAAAGAACUGGAGAAAGUGUGCAAUCCUAUCAUCACCAAGCUGUACCAGAGGGCAACACCAGGAGGGAUGCCAGGAGGCUGUGGUGCACAAGCAAGAGGGGCAUCAGGAGCUUCAUCUCAGGUCCCCACCAUUGAGGAGGUGGAUUGAAAGGACAGCGAGUGGAGGGCAAGAAAGGAGGGAAAUUGAAAAACGGGAAAAGUCUUCAUUCUUUAUAUGUUUAUUCAUCUAAGGUCCAAAACAGAUUUUUGAUGUCACUUGUCACUCAUUGGAAGCAACGUCCUUUUGUAAUGUAUAAAUACUACAUAUGCAAAUUAGACACAUGGCUGCACCUCCAUAAAGAAAGCUGAACUGCCAAUUGAGUUAAACAAGAUAAGAGGGGACUGAAGUGACAAAACGAGAUGGUGUUAAUUAAAGAGUACUGUGAUGCACCAACUCAAGUUAAAGCCUUUUGACUGUUGCUGCUGGUGUGGACUCGGGUUCAAAUGUCAGUGGAUCUUGAUUACUGGGAAUGGAGGGAGUUGAUCUACUUUUGUAUGUGUUCAUAUUAAAAUGGUGGAUUUAGAAAGGUGUGCAUCUCGCAUGCUAAAUUCUCUUCACACUGUUGUCUCUUUAGUAAAUUUGUAUAUUUUGAAUAAAACGUGAAAAUAUUUUUUUAAA